AUGUCUGCCCCGCACGAUGAUAGUCUUCCACCAGAAGAUGAACAACAAUUAAGUGAAGAAGAAAACGAAAUCUUAGGUGAUGAUCAAUCAGGUAUUGCUAGUGAUGAAUCUGGUGAAGAUCUCUUUGGGGAUGACUUUGAACGAGAUUACGAAGCAAUCGAUGAAUUAGAUCGAUACGAAGCGGGUGGAAUCGAUGAUGACGACGAAAAUGAUACUGAACUUACGGUGGAACAACGACGACGAGCUGAACGAGAUAUUAAACGACGUGAACGUGAGAAACGUCGUCGACUUGGUCAAGAAUUAAAUGACGAAAGCGAUUUGGACGAUGAUGAGGAACUCAUUGGUCUGAGUAGCAAAGGCAAACGUACACGAGCCAAUGAUGAUGAUGUUGGCAUGGAUGAUGAAUCGGAUGCUUACAUUAAAAAUCUCGGUGAUACACAAGGUCAUAAAAUAUCUGAUUGGGUGCAAAUGCCGGGUCCGCACAAUGAAGUAAUUCGACAUUUGAAAAAGUUUUUACGUACAUUUAAAAUCACAACAGCAACCGUUGGUGGAACAAACAAGCCGCUUUAUCGAGAAGCACUACGUCGUCUUGUUCAGGAACAAAAACAAUCGAUUAUUAUCGAUUUCGAACAUCUAAUGGCAACGGAUGAAGUCUUGGCCUUUUUCUUACUUGGUGCACCCGAACAAACAUUGAAAAUCUUUCACGAAGCAUUAACUGAAUUAUGUUUCGAACUCUAUCCGAAUCAUCGUGCAAUUGAAAAGGAACUAUUCGUACGUGUUAGCAAUUGUCUUCAAAAUGACAAUAUCCGAGAUUUAAGAGUCGAACAUUUGAAUAAAUUGAUCGGUAUCAGUGGAGUCGUAACAACAUCGACAGGCGUUUUACCACAAUUGAGUAUCAUCAAAUUUAAUUGUCAAAAAUGCGGUUUUACACUUGGUCCAUUUACACAAAAUCAGGAGAAUGAAAUCAAACCAGGUUCAUGUCCUGAAUGUCAAUCGAACGGGCCUUUUGAAUUGAAUAUGGAAGAAACACUUUAUCGAAACUUUCAACGAAUUUCUAUUCAAGAAAGUCCAGGAACUGUUCCACCAGGUCGUAUUCCACGUUCCAAAGAAAUCCUUUUGCUUGGUGAUCUUUGCGACACAUGUCGGCCAGGUGAUGAAAUCGAAGUUCUUGGUGUCUACCGAAAUACAUAUAAUAUUUCAUUGAACAUUCAAAACAAUCUUCCAGUUUUUGCAACAAUUAUUGAAGCGAAUUAUAUAUCGACACGCGAAGAUAAAAUCUCAUUUGAAACAUUGACGGAUGAAGAUAUACAAGAAAUUCAACGUCUUGCUAAAGAUCCAAAAAUUGCUCAACGAAUCUAUGCAAGUAUUGCUCCAUCGAUCUACGGUCAUGAAAUGGUGAAAAAGUCCAUUGCGUUUGCGAUGUUUGGCGGUGAAUCGAAAAAUCCCGGCGGAAAACAUCAAGUUCGUGGUGAUAUUAAUGUGUUGCUUUGUGGUGAUCCGUCAACAGCCAAAUCACAAUUUUUGAAAUACAUUGAAAAGACAGCACACCGAGCUGUAUUUACAACUGGCCGUGGUGCAUCAGCUGUUGGUUUAACUGCAUAUGUGCAAAGAAAUGCUGUGACUAGAGAAUGGACACUUGAAGCUGGUGCACUCGUACUUGCUGACCGUGGUGUUUGUUUAAUUGAUGAGUUCGAUAAAAUGUCUGAUCAAGAUCGUACGUCUAUCCAUGAAGCCAUGGAACAACAGAGCAUAUCAAUUUCAAAAGCUGGUAUCGUAACAACACUUCAAGCACGUUGUGCAGUUAUUGCUGCAGCCAAUCCUGUUGGUGGACGUUACGAUCCUGCACUUACAUUUAUGGAUAAUGUUGAUUUAUCUGAACCUAUUCUAACACGUUUCGAUAUUCUCUGUACUGUUCGUGAUAUUGCUGAUCCUGUUCAAGAUGAAUUGAUGGCUCGUUUCGUCACUGAAAGUCAUAUGCGUCAUCAUCCAUCAGCUAGCGACAGCGAUGCACAACAAAAUCAUGUUGUUCCAAACAUCUUUAAUGUUGAUCCAAUUCCACAAGAAAUCUUCAAGAAAUAUUUGAUCUAUGCUAAGAGACGUAUUCAUCCACGUAUGACAUCCGUCGAUCAAGAAAAGAUUGCUCAAUUGUAUGCGAAAUUGCGUCGAGAAUCGUUGGUCACUGGUAGUGUACCAGUCACUGUUCGACAAAUUGAAUCGAUGGUUCGUAUUGCUGAAGCACAUGCUCGAAUGCAUCUACGUGACUUUGUCAACGAUGACGACAUCAAUGUUGCUAUUCAAAUUGUUCUUCAAAGCUUUAUUGAUGCUCAGAAAUACGGUAUUAUGCGUACAAUGAAGAAAGUGUUUCAACGUUAUUUAACGUAUAAGAAGGAUAACAAUGAAUUUUUGUUAUUCUUGUUGAAACAAUUAUUUCAAGAGAGUUUAGCAUUUCAACGAAAUCGUUAUGGUGCUGAUCGUGUCGCAUCAGCUGCAGCCGCAAUUAAAAUUUCAGAAGAAGAUCUCAAGAGCCGAGCUCGUCAAUAUAGUGUGUUAGAUUUGAAACAAUUCUAUGAAUCACCAUUAUUUCGUUCACAUGGAUUUAAAUAUGAAGAUAAAUUUAUCACACAAGUUCUUUGA